AUGGAUGAACAGGACAGUGAUUUUAAAGAGUUGUGGGCGAAUCUUUUGGGUAGAGCGAAGAAAAAAGCUGGGGAUGCUGAGGCAGCCAAGAAGGCUCAAAACAGGUCAAAGAGCACUGCAGCAAGAAGCAAAUCAAGAAGAGGCAAAGCUGCUGCUAGGAGCCAAACCCAUCAUCACUUGCCAGCAGUGAAGCAAACAAACUUACCUCAAGAUUUGCGUCCAAAGGAACAAACAUUGGCGUGCAAAGAAGAUGAUGACGCUGGGGCCUGUGGUAGUGGUGACACUGCACAAGGGGAUGGAAGGAGAAACCCUUUCCCUGCCAGCCAGCUGGGUACAGUGGCCAGUGAGUGUAGCCAGAGGACUCUGACAGUCAAUACUCUGAGUGGCUGUUCACAGACGACAUUAUCCUUCCAUUCUGCUACACAGCCCGGGAGCUGCUCUUCACCCACCUCAAAGAUCCCACUGCUCGCAGAGUCAAAGGUGCGGGUGGCAGAGCUGGUAGUGGAGAGAAUGCAGCAGUUCAAGAGAGUGGCACCGGAGCAGCUAAAGCACAGCACAGACGAUAGCUUGCCGAAGUCUGUAGCCGUUGGGGAUUUCCCUGACGAAAGCCAGGAGCAGAACCCACCAGAGAAUGAUACCCACCAUCUUCUGUCCAUGGAGCAUGACGGUGCUCUGGCUUUGGCUCUUCAGCAGGCAAACAGAGAGGAAGCCUUGGCAAGCCUAGAGGAUGCAGGCUUGUUUUUUUGCCAGAUCUGCCAGAAGGAUCUCUCAGCCAUGACCACAACACGACGAGAGCAGCAUGUUAACAGGUGCCUGGAUGAGAUGGAAGAAGCACAGAUGUCAUCCUCCAGCAAACCACUUGUCCCUGAAUGUCCCAUCUGCGGGAAGCAGUUCCAAACCCCACAGAGCCGAGUCAGUCACUUGAAACGCUGUGCUGUCGAGAUGGAUGUUCCUCCUAAGCUGCUUCUUCAGGCAGUGCAGUUGCAGGUGUCCACACUUGGUGAUGUACCUCCUCAGUGUUCCAGCAAUCAACCAAGCAGGUCAAAGCGAAAAGGCACCUCCGCAGAGGGCCCACAGAAAAUGCAGAAGAGGGCCAAAAUGGAGACUAAGGAUGAAGAUUUGCUGGUUGCUAUGGCAAUGUCACGCUCUCUGUUGGAGCAAGAAAAGCAGGAACAAGCAAAAUCAGUUACAAAUGUGAAACCAGUGGCUGCUUUCCCAAUCAAAUGGAAGCCAGGAUCAGAGAAAAAACGUCGUAAAAGAGGCCCAACUGCACCUCCACCACUACUACUUCAGGACCCAGAGAAGGUCCGUAAAAGGAUCCAAGAGCGAGUAGCUAUGCUGAUUGCAGAAGAGGUGGAAUUCCCUCCUACCCCUAAGCUUCCCACCAGUAAAAUUUUGGAGGAUCAAUCUGGGAAAGCAACCUGGCUCUUGCCAUUGUCCCAAACCAGGGAGUGCUUUUUAUGGAAUUUCAGUGCUCUGACAGGACCCUAUGACCCUGAAUCAUUCUAUGCUGCUGGAUUAACCCCUCCAAUUGUACCUUGGAAGCCUGUGCAGGCCUCUCUCAAGUUGCUGGCGGCAGAUUUCAGUGCAAUGGUCAACAACCCCCACUUAAGUGAUGUCCAGUUCCAGGUGGACUGUGGGGAAGUCAUUUAUGCCCACAUGUUUGUGUUGUACGCACGGUGUCCACAGACCGUUCAGGCUGUUCACAGCCAGGGGUUCUUAGUGGAGGAGGAUGGGAACGCACAGACACGCCGUGUGCUGCUGAGCGAUGUGACAGGAGAGGCGGUGUGUGCGUUCCUGCGAUACCUUUAUGCUGCUGAUGUUGACAUCCCUGCUGGGCUGCUGCCCCAGGUGGGGGCUCUGGCUGCCAGGUUUGGUGUGAGGGAACUGAUGGCAGAGUGUGAAAAGAACACUGGAGAGACUCAGGUGUCUUCUGCGGUGGAUUCAGAAGACGAUCUUAUCUCUGUGAGGGAUGACAGUGGUUGUGAGGACAGAGCUGAGAACUUCCAAGACCUCUUGAAGUCAGUGUGGGUGGGUGAAGAUGAGGAAGAAGAAGCUAUGCUGAACCCUGAAUGCCAGAAGGAAGAUGACAAUGGGGUGGGUGAAGAGGAGCUGGAAGAAAUCUAUGAGUUUGCUGCAACUCAGAGAAAGAUGGCUCAGGGUGAAACAGAGGUGAGCGAGGGAACAGACUGCAGCACCUGCAGCAAUACGGAGGCAGCCCAAGGUACAAACCAGCAAACUGAGGAGGAAGAGGUAAAGAGAUCUGAAUCUGCUUCAAUAAGCAACAACUUCAAAGAUUUGAGGGAUGACAGUGACGUGGAAAGAUCUAAAUGUGACUCGUCUGUAGAAGAAAAGCAAAUGCAGAAUAUAAAUAGGUACAGGAGUGUGAAUGCUGCGCAGACCACUUCUGUUCUUCACCACGGUGAACCUCAGAAAUGGGACGUAGCAUCCCAUGGUGCCAGGGCUAAUGAAGGAAAGACUGAUAGGAAACGUGAAGGUGUGAAGGAUUUCAAGUCAUCCCAGGUCUCACGUGAUGGGGCAGAUCACUGUGACAAACAGUUUCCUGGCUUCCACGGUGAUGCUAAUUUAAAUCAAAGUUAUGAACUCUUGUUUUCUGCAACACAAGGAGAUUACUGUGAGCCUUCCCCAGCGAAAGAAGUUACCAGGGCAUCAGGAAAGGCUCCUAGUGAAAAACAUGUUGAUGCUGAUGAUUUACUCCUGUACAGCAAGUCACAAAAAGACCCCUCCCCAUGUAGGAACAGUUUUUACAGGAGUCCUUCUCCCAAACCUUGUGUGACCCUUUUUCCUGCUGUUGGCUCUUCACCGGCGUCUCCAAAAUCAGACAGAAAGUUUGCCAGAGAACAUGUGUCAACACCAAAGGAAAAAGCAUUCCCAUCUGACGAAAUACCCUUUCAGAAAGCCGACAAGCUGGGUACUGCAUCAGGAAACGAGAACACAGUUUCUCAAGAAGAGCUUCCCCACAUUGAUUUAAACAAGCGUAUGUGUGUCCCGGUGGUGUUGUCCCCGGUCAUCAGAACUCAGGAUGUUGCAGCUCAGGAGAACAAGGAGGGUGAUGUUAUUGUUUUAUCUUCUGAUGAUGAAAUGGAGUUACAGCAAGGCAAGGAGUCGCCAGAGUCAGGCUCUGCUGCGAAGGAAAUGGAAAUCCCUGGGCAACGGAAAGGUACAAAUGUAGAACAAGGUCCUGAGAUACCACAACCUGAACCUAAGUCACCAGUCACUGAAACAGAGCAGAGAUCAUCCCAGGUCUCAGGUGGUGUCACAGGUAUAGUGUGUGUAAGUAGUGAGGUGCAGAUGUCCCCCGAAUUGCCUCUCAGCAGACAAACAGACGCUUGUACAGAGAUCAGACGGAGUCCAAACCUCAGCCCAGAGAAAAGGCUCAGUCAUGAAGUAUCUUCAACUGCAGAUAACUCCUGGCUAGUGCCAGACACACCGGUUCUGAGCAAAAGCAGAAGUUUCUCAACACAGACUCGGGUCAUAAGUAUUAAUUCUUCAAAGAGUCUGGGAUCUAAACGCAGCACAAGGAACUUAGCAGCAGGUAACCAUGAUAUGGCUGGAAAUUUAACAUUCUCAGACAAACAUUUGCCUAUGGAGAACUCAGUCAGUGAAAGGAGCCUUUCCAGCAGCCCAGCAGCAAGAUUGUUUUCCAAGAACUCCCCACCAGUUUCUCCAGUGGAUCCAGUUCUCCCCUCCCCUGGCCACACCAACAUAAAAAGCAAAUGUGCUGAGAUCUCAUUUUUAUCCAAACCUGUGCCUCCGUGCCAUGAGCAGUCACUGGAAGACAAAACAAAUAUCAGCGUGGUAGAGGUAGAGGACAGUGAAAAGGAAGUAAGUCUUCCUUCUUUGGGUAGUAGCAUCUUGCUUUGUGACGAUCCCCCAAUCCCUGUUGAUGACUGCUGGUAUGUUGACUGCCUGUCCCCAGUCAGAGGUAACAGCCGGGACUACAGCCGGGUCAGCCGUGCAAAGACCAGCAGUGCCAGCAGCCCCAAACCUGACUCUUGGCAUGACCCGCGCGAGAGCCCAGUCCAGGCGCAGGAAAUUCAGGGCAGCACCCCUCUUCGGGGAAGUCCUGUUGGCAGAAGAACAACUUUGCUCUGUCUUGAAAGGAGUCCCAUUGAGGCAUGUUCAUCGGUGGCCAGCCGACCGAGUUACCUGAACUCCAAAAUCUGGGAUGAUUGGAAUGGAGAAGAGGAGGAAGUUGAACUUCCAGAGAUGCUUCCUCUGUCUCAGAGGCUGUCAGCUGCAGCAGGUGCCUGUCGGACAGACCCCGUGAAGACCCCUGAACCAUCCUGUCAGGAGACCAACAAGCCUCCCAGCACUCCGGUGACCCCAAUGCCAGCUUACUCCAUCAUGGAGACCCCACAGCUGAAGGAGGAGUUGAGCAGAUUUGGAGUUCGUGCACUCCCAAAACGCCAAAUGGUGCUGAAGCUGAAGGAGAUAUUCCAGUAUACUCACCAGGAUGUGGACUCUGACUUUAAGGAUGAAAUGCCAUCUUCCCAGCCUCCCCUCCAGAAGUCCCCAGCCAAAGGGACAAAGAAGUCCAGGCAGCCAAAGGCCCAGCAGACUGCAGGCGGAAGGUGUGCCAAUGCCUCCAAGGCUGUGGGCAGAAGGAAGCAGGUUGCUACGGCUUCUUCAGUGCUCCCUGGUGGGGGGCCUGACGAUGACCUUGUUGGCUCCCGUGAAACAGGCUGUGCGGCACCCAAGGAGGGAACUAAAACGACCCAUCACCCAGGAGGAGCCAAAGAGCAGGAAAGGUCAUCUGUAUCUCCAGAGAGAUGGUCUGUGGCAGCUGAUGGUGAGGAACCAAUGCUCUCAGCAUCUCAGGAGUCUGCAGUUUCUUCAGUGGAUGGAAGCGACAUCUCUUUUGGUUCACAGAGUUCUUUCGUGAAUGGAUUUGAAGCCUGUGCUUUUGCAUCCGAAGAGGAGGAAGAGGAGCUUUCAGCAUCUCAGGCAGCAGCUCGGGAAGAAGAUAAGCUGGAGGCAGUAAGGUGCUACAUCCGUUCAAACACAGCCCUGUACCACAAGAUUCUUUUUUAUGAGCCAGUUGAGCUGGCUGAGCUGCACACAGAGCUGAAACAGAAUGGCAUUAAAAUUUCCAAGGCAAAGCUGCUGGACUUUUUAGAUGCUCACUGUAUCACAUUUACCACGGCUGGAGCCCGGAAAGAGAAGGAACAGAAAAGAAAGGAGAACAAAAAGCAGAGGAGACGAUACUGAACGGAGCCCACUCCUCCAUCCUGAACGUUGUACAUGGAGGCCUUCCCGCUGAGCUGGAAGGAAACGCCAUUCCAGGCUGGUGCUAGCAGUGGUGCUGUGGUCGGUGGGUGCGCUGCUCCUCCUUGUGGCCUGUUGUCCAGGUGACAUGCUGGAGAACGGCUCUGA